CAAAAAACAAGCCAACCACAAAACCAGAAAGUCCAUCAAUCCAUCAAUCACUGCAGUUGGUUGUAGACUACUAUUAAUAGCUAACUAGCUAGCCAUGGGCUUCUUCCUCGGAGAGAGCUUGCGACCAGCCGCUACUCUGUCGUUUGUUACCACGAGCAGCCAUGGAUGUGGCAGACUGUCUCGUGCUGCCUCUUCUUACUUGACGACGAGGCAGCCGUUCCUCUCUGCUGCCAAUCAAAAAAAGCAGCAACCAUCACUCCACGGUAGUAGCAAGCUGUUUUACAGCACUCACUCAUCCUUCAAUGACGAGAUUAUUGAUCAAUACGAUGCCUUUGUGCUCGAUCAGUUUGGGGUAAUGCACAAUGGGAACAAUGCUUUGGAUGGAGCGAUUGCGCUGGUGGAAUACCUGUACAAGAAGAAGAAUAAAAAAUUGAUUAUCCUCUCCAAUACAUCGGCUCCAGCCGACAAGGCACUUUCCAGAUUACCCAAGUUUGGCUUUGAUCCCAGUCAUUUCAUUGGAGCCGUGACCAGUGGGGAAGAGUCCAGUCAUUAUAUUCGAGAAACCUAUGGGUCUUCAUCUACCGAUAGUACAACCAGCAAAAAAGCCGUCAUGUUCACGUGGGACGUGGAAAAGCCAAACAAUCCUCGCCUCACGGCACUCCCGGAGGUCUAUUUGGAACAAUGUGGGUCGGUACAAGUGGCGACAACCGUCGAAGAAGCCGAUUUUUUACUAUUCCACGGCUCGGAAGCGUGGUAUCGUGGUCCCGACUUGCCCGCCGAGACAUUGUCUCCGUUUAUUGAAGACGGCGAUUUUACCACUGUCGACCCUCUCUUGGAACAAUGCCUGGCCAAGAAUCUGCCAGCCGUCUGUGCCAAUCCGGAUUUUGUCGUCCAAACACCCACGGGAGAUGGGGUGGCACACAUGCCCGGAAAAAUUGCCGCGCGCUACGAGAGCAUGGGUGGAACCUGUCAUACAUUUGGAAAGCCGGGCGUAGAACACUUUGAAGCUUGCAUACGAAAACUGGGCUUGGACAAGAGCCGUGUGGCGCAUGUCGGCGACAGUCUGCAUCACGACAUUACCGGUGCCUGCAAUGCCGGGAUUCCCAACGUCUUUGUCGCUUCUGGAAUUCACAAGAACGAAUUGGGAAUCGAGUUUGGUGAAGUACCAGAUGCAACCGUGCUGCAAACGUUGAUGGAAACACAAGUGGAUGCGUCCAUUCGACCUACCCAUGUGGUGCCGGCAUUUCGAAUGUGA